AUGGCCAUUGUUAGGCGUAAUUGCCCUUGCGAACCAAAUAUCCCGCUUUUUCACUUUCUCUGCACGUUUUUCUUCCAUCUCGUACUCCUGAUGAGUUUCAACAACUGUUUUUUAUUCGCACUGAGUUCAACUCUUCUGGUAUGGUUGCCCCAUGGCGACACGGCUCAUCUGCGACGUCACACUUCCAGUCGACAUCAUCGGAAUCUGACGACGACGUCGACGGCGCUGGAGACGCAGUGGCUCCGCGCGGACUGUCUCAACGAGGCGCACGUCGUCCGACUUCUUCUUCUCGACUACAACAAACACAAAUUGCCUGGUAAUCUUAUUUUGUUAUGAAAAUCGUGUUGUUGAAGAGUCCUGAAGUGUAUAAUUCCCAUCAGAGGUUUCAAAUGAUUUUUUAAAAACUGGCUCAGAAAAGCGCGGCGUGACGGUGAACGUGGAGUUCUGGAUCCAGGAGAUAACCUCAAUUUCGGAGAUGACCAACGACUUCGAACUGGAGAUGUACAUCAACGAGAUGUGGGUCGAUCCGAAGCUGCAGUUUGUUCAUCUUCCCUCUUGCAAGGCCAACUUAUCCUUGGACCAGGCCACGCUCAGCAAGUUCAACUUGAGACAUCCUCUGGAUCUUGACAAGGAGAUUUCAGGUUCUGGACGCCCAACACCUGUUUCGUCAACUCAAAAUCGGCAGAAAUCCACGAGUCUCCGUUCACCAACGUCUUUUUGACUCUUUUCGAGAACGGCACCGUCUGGGUCAAUUAUGUGUGUAGUUUUUUUUCUAUUGUUUCACUAGUUUACUGCGUAAUUUCAAGUGUGAACGUGAAUGGCUAUGAUCCGGAAAUUUUGAAAAUAACCCUAUAACCAAUCUAGUGUUCCUGUAAGUUGAGAUAUAACAUUAAUGAAUCGAAGAAAGAACGAAGAUUUCCAGCGAGUUCGAAUCAAAGGACCGUGCUCGAUGGAUUUGGUAGAUUUUCCCAUGGACACACAGACCUGCCGACUGAAUUAUCAGAGCUUCUCUUAUAAUAACGAGGAAGUCCGACUUCAAUGGAAUGAGAAGCGACAGCCGGUCUUCGAGUUGGGAGAGGUUUCAUGGCUGUCAACUCACUUUUUAAAAAAUGAUUCAUUGAUUUCUCGAUUUUUUCAGAUUCGCAUAGCCGACUUCUUGCUCAAAGAAAUAACGCCGGCGGUGGUCAAGCGCGUGAGAAACUUCAGGAAGCUAGUUUCAACUGUAUUUCAGGAUUAUCCAGCAGGAAAAUGGGACGAGUUGGUAGUGACGUUCGUGUUCGAAAGACGCUACAUGUGGUACUUCCUGCAGGCCUACCUGCCAACUUUCUUCACGAUUUUUAUUAGGUUUCUCAUGCUAUUUGGUUUUUUUUUUCAAGAGGAAAGCGAAUUCAGUUGGGUGGCGUUCUCCCUGGGACCUCAGGCGGUCACUCCGAGGACCAUGAUCGGAGUGAACGCGCUGCUCUCCAUGAUAUUCCACUUCGGGUCCAUUAUGCGCAACCUUCCACGCGUCUCUUACAUCAAAGCCAUCGGUUAGGAUUUUUUUAAUGGACUCUUGAUCCCUGAAGGGGAUGUUUUACUGUCCGUAUGUCUGAAAUGACACAGGAUUAUGACUUUGAGUACUUUUCAAAAAAAAAAUCCUUGAAUCAAAGAAACUUUUUACGCAUUUAUAAAAAAUGAGAAAUGUUACGCAGAGCUUUUAACGUGACCGUGAUACAAGUUUUUUUGAAUGAAGCUUUUUUUCGAAUUUUUUUAUCCUCAAAGUGAAAAAAAUAUAAUGCUUUCAUUCAAUUUUAAUUGCCGCAGCUGUCUACUAAAUAUCCCUAUUAAAAAUAAGUUUAGUUUUAAAAAAUCAUGGAAAAUAGAGAAAUCUGCACUAUCUAUCGAAUCGGACGAACUUAUUGAAGAGAGAAUAGUUUUCUUUAUUAAGCUUCGUCUCGAAAUUUGUGCGCUCUUGACGCAAUACGUAUCGUUUUCAGAUGUUUGGAUGCUCAGCUCGAUGACGUUCGUUUUUCUUUCGCUUGUUGAGCUCGCCAUCGUGGGAUUCAAGCUUCGUGAGAAGGUCCUUUGAUUUCCAGCUUCCCAGCUCUUAUCUGAAAAAUGACAAGAUAGAAGAGCAAAGUUGGGUCCUCAAACAUAACACUCAUUCAUUUCUUAAAGUGACCGAAAAUUCUUCGAUGGACUGGUUUCAAAUACUGGAAGAUUCAACUUUCACGCUCCUUUAUUCCUACAAAUUCAGACCCACGUUUUUUUCAGGGAAGCGAACUCCUGAUCGUCAAAAUCGACAACGUAGCCAAGCUGAUGUUUCCUGCUGCUUUCAGCAUUUUCAACGUUUGAUCAAAGAUUUUCUCCGGGAAAGUAACGAGCAAAUUUUCCAGAUAGUCUACUGGGCGAGGUACGGACUGAAAGUCGUCUAG